AUGCCGGAUCCGGAGCUCUUCAAGUCGCAUCGGGCGCAACUCGUCUACGCCGCGCUUGCAGCCUCGGCCGCGACCGCGUCUGCGAUCACAGCCUACAACGCCUACACGAAGUCGAAACGUCGGCAAGAGCUCGCGGAAGAGGUCGCGCGCUCCAUCUCGCAGCGACCGCCGAGACCCGUUCCGGAUGACUAUGGCUACGACCCGGCCCAAGCGGAUUCUCGGAAGGAGAGGGUCGUGGAAGGGCCGGGCGGUGGUGGGAGGACGCCGGAUGAAGCGUUUUCGUACUCGGAGGAACUUAUACGGGAGCAGCUCGCGCGCAACUACGCGUUUUUCGGGGAGGAGGCGAUGGGCAAGGUUCGGGAAGGGAGUGUGGUCGUGGUGGGAUGCGGUGGGGUGGGUAGCUGGGCAGCGGUUAUGCUUGCACGCUCAGGAGUGUCAAAGAUUCGUCUCGUGGACUUUGACUAUGUCACCCUUUCGUCCCUCAACCGGCAUGCGACCGCGUCGCUGAAGGAUGUGGGUACUCCCAAGGUUGAAUGCGUCGCGAGGGCCCUAGAUUCGUUCGCGCGCUGGAUACACGUAGAACCUUGCGUCGAUAUCUGGCGUAAAGAGGAUGGUGCGAGGCUCUUGGACGGCGCGGAUUGGGUGAUCGAUGCCAUCGACAACAUAUCUACGAAAGUCGACCUCCUGCACUAUUGCCACGAACACGGCAUCAAGGUUUUCUCCUCGAUGGGUGCCGGUGCCAAGUCAGACCCGACCCGAGUCCAAAUCGCCGACAUCUCCAACACGCACUACGACCCGCUCGCGCGAUCAGUGCGUCGACGCCUGAAACUCCUAGGAGUGACUCAGGACAUCCCGGUCGUGUACUCGACCGAAGUGCCCGGAGACGUGAAACUGCUGCCUCUGCCUGAAGAAGAGUUCCAGAAAGGCAACGUCAAGGAGCUCGGCGUCUUCGACGACUUCCGGGUCCGCAUUCUGCCCGUGUACGGACCGCUUCCGGCGAUAUUCGGGUUGCACAUUGCGUCGUACAUCGUCUGCGCGUUGGCCGGCAAGCCGAUCUUGAACCCGCUCCCGAUCUUGAACAGGCGGAAACUGUACGAAAAGCUAUUCCGCGAUCUAUGUACGCGGGAGAGCCGGAUCCAGGGUCAGGUCAUACAACGCCUACCUAUCGACGAAGACGACGUUUCUCUCGUGUUCGAGGAUCUGCACGUUGGGAGAUCGGUGAUCCCCCCGCACCUCGUCGCCAAUCGCCCAACCCUGGUGCGAUGGGACCCGGAGAAACCGGUCAGCCUGGAAAACAUCGUCGUCAUGGACUUCCCGGAUGCGGAACGGCACACAGUAGAAUGCUUCGGUGUUACGAAGCAAACGAAGGCGUCCGGGAAAACCGUCCCGUCGUCAUCGUCAUCAACCGCUUCCGGCACCGUGCCGCGCACGUCGUCCCCGGAACCGCUUUUGGACGCUUCCGUGUCCUCCAUCGCCACCGAGGUCGCGCCGCCGAGCCAUCUCGAGAUCUCGCCGCCUGCGCACGAGCAGCGUUCGAGAGAGAGCUCGUUGUCGAUGAGCAGCGCGUCGGUCGAGUUCGUGACGCCCAAGGAAGAGUUCGUGACGCCGUCGGAGGAGAUCGCGGAGGAGCCGCAGGACGUGAGCGAUCGGCUCGAAGUGCGGUAUCAUUCGCGAGCGGAGGAGGAUGCGGGGGCGGAAGCGGGUGACGGGGAGGGUGCGAAAUCGACGCGGAAGCGGCCUGUAGAAGUCUGGGGCGAGGAGGUUGAGAAGCUGGUGCAAGCCAGGGCGAGGGAGAUCGAGAAGUAUCGGCAGUGGGUGCUGUCUGUAUGA